GGCACAGCCGAGUAUGCCAGUCUUCUCUCAACAUCGAACCGAGCAGGAUGUCGUUCGAUUCUUUGCGAACUGUGCUUCUCAAUUUUCGUGCAUCUGCGUAAACUAAGUGACGUAUGAUUAGAACUGUCGGGUAGAUUGUCGGGCAAGUCGAAACAUCCGGCAAGUUUGCGGGACACUUUGGUGGAGAACGUGGACUCGAGUACAUGGGCGGGAAGGAACAGCGGAAGUGAUACGUGGACGACACUCUACACGUGCUUCGAUAAUCGAGAUGAAGAAGAAAAGAGACAUCGAGUAAUCGCAUCUGGAUUAAUCGCAACGGCGUAAAUAUGAAGACCGAGAUGGAGACGGAGUCCGACUGUGCGGAUAGUCGAGUUUUGUGCGCGAGCAACAACCACAAUAACAACAACAACAACAAUAACGACAGCAGUAGCAGCAACAACAACAAUAACAACAAUACCAGCAAUAACAAUAAUGUCGCCAUGAAGAAGAGCGGCAACGAUAACGGAUACGACACCAUGGAGAUGGACUGCGGCGGGUGCGGCGAGAGCGUACGCGAGCGCACUGUCCUCUGCGUAGGAGGCCGUACCUGGCACUCCAGAUGCCUAAAGUGUUGUACCUGUGCGAGACCCCUGCAGGAUCAGCACUCGUGCUUCUUGCGCGGCAUGCGGCUCUACUGCAGACACGAUUACGUCCUAACCUUUGGAGCGAAGUGCGCGAAAUGCGGGCGCAGCGUGGGUGCUGGAGACUGGGUGAGAAGGGCCCGAGAAAGGGUCUAUCAUCUGGCGUGCUUCGCCUGCGACGCCUGUUCCCGGCAACUGUCCACGGGCGAGCAGUUCGCGCUUCUGGACGCUCGGCUGCUCUGCAAGACGCAUUACCUGGACGUGGUCGAGGGCAACAACACGUCUUCGUCGGAGGACUGCGAUUCCGAGCACGGCGGCAAGGGCAGCAAGACGAAGCGCGUGAGGACGACAUUCACGGAAGAGCAGCUCGCAGUGCUGCAGGCCAACUUCCUGCAGGACAGCAAUCCCGACGGCCAGGAUCUCGAGAGGAUAGCGCAGGUGACCGGGCUCAGCAAGAGGGUGACGCAGGUCUGGUUCCAGAACUCCCGGGCGCGGCAAAAGAAGCACAGUGGCAAGAUCAAGACUCAGAUGCACCACUCGCCGCCGAUGCAACACCCCGUGGAUCUGUAUUCCGGUGGAAUAAAUGUGGUGGGCGCUUACCUGGGCGGCUAUCAGGCCAGCAACGGUAGCGAGAGUCCUGGCAGUCCGUUAACGCCUCUCACACCCUUGACACCGCUCACGCCGACGACGCCGAAUCACUUGCAGGCACAAUUCUGCCAUCAGGCGGGCUAAUUCGAGACACGUGACCGCCACUUUGUUUUUCUACGCAUUAAUAGUCGAGUAAAACGAUCGAGAAUAAUCCGUAUUCUCUUAUUCCUCUAUCGUGCUUUGUACAUAUCGGGAGACUGUAAAGCAUAAAUGCGUUCUUCGUUAGUGUAAUGUGUCACGUACGUGAAAGGUACAAUUUCGUACGAGAAGAGUAGAUUAAGCACUUAUUUAUUCCGAACUUACUGUAAUUAAAUGUGCAUUUGCGACGACGGUCCGGGUAUCUUAAACGAUGCGACGGGAGGAAGAAGAAGAGAAAGAAAUAGAAGAAGAGUGAAGAAAACCAACUCGGGCUAACAGUUUCGCCCUUCUUCUUUCGUGUCUUCGACGUGAACGUUAGACAUUCCAUAACUCAUUACGCAAAUUUGUAUAUAUAAACGAACUCUAGCUUUUGUACAUACAUACAUAUCUCUUAUUGGUAGAUACGACUGGUAGAUACACGAGAGAUCGAAGAAAGCGUGGACGAGAAUUUGAGUUUUUCGCUUCCGCGUCGCACGCUCAUCGCUGCAAUAUGUUAUUAAUAAAACGCCUUUUAUUGUUA